GGCCGCGCGGCCGCUCCGCCCGCACUCGGGCGCUUCGGCUACCGCCGCCGCCUCGGAGCUGCGCCUGGGCGGGCCCCGGAGUCCUGGCAUUUUUUUACCAUCUGUGAAAAUUUCCCUGUAGUUCAUUUCUCCUCACUACAGUGUUAAGAAUUAUACCAAAUUGCAAAGAUAUGAAUGAAUAUCCUAAAAAAAGAAAAAGGAAGACAUUACACCCUUCUCGUUACUCAGAUUCCUCUGGAAUAAGCAGAAUUGCAGAUGGAUUCAAUGGAAUUUUUUCUGAUCAUUGUUACAGUGUUUGUUCUAUGAGACAACCGGACUUAAAAUACUUUGACAACAAAGAUGAUGAUUCUGAUACAGAGACAUCAAAUGACUUGCCAAAAUUUACAGAUGGAAUCAAGGCCAGAAAUAGAAAUCAAAACUACCUGGUUCCCAGUCCUGUACUUCGAAUUCUAGACCACACUGCCUUUUCUACAGAAAAAUCUGCUGAUAUUGAAAUUUGUGAUGAAGAGUGUGACUCACCUGAGUCAGUCAACCAACAGACUCAAGAGGAAAAUGCUAUAGAAGUUCACACUGCUGAAGAUGUUCCAAUUGCUGCAGAAGUACAUGCAAUUUCUGAAGAUUAUGAUAUAGAGACAGAAAACAAUUCCUCAGAAAGUCUUCAAGACCAAACUGAUGAGGAGCCACCAGCUAAACUUUGCAAAAUUCUUGACAAGAGCCAAGCUCUGAAUGUGACUGCCCAACAGAAGUGGCCUUUACUGAGAGCCAAUAGCAGUGGUCUCUAUAAGUGUGAACUUUGUGAGUUCAACAGCAAAUAUUUUUCUGAUUUAAAGCAGCAUAUGAUCCUGAAGCAUAAGCGUACUGAUUCAAAUGUGUGUCGAGUAUGCAAGGAAAGUUUCUCUACCAACAUGCUUUUGAUCGAACAUGCCAAACUGCAUGAAGAGGAUCCCUACAUUUGUAAAUACUGUGAUUAUAAAACAGUGAUUUUUGAGAACCUCAGCCAGCACAUUGCAGACACCCAUUUUAGUGACCACCUCUAUUGGUGUGAGCAGUGCGAUGUACAGUUCUCCUCAAGCAGUGAACUCUACCUACAUUUCCAGGAGCACAGCUGUGAUGAACAGUACUUAUGUCAGUUUUGUGAACAUGAAACAAAUGAUCCAGAAGACUUGCAUAGCCAUGUGGUAAAUGAACAUGCAUGUAAAUUAAUUGAGUUGAGUGAUAAGUAUAACAAUGGAGAACAUGGACAGUACAGCCUCUUAAGCAAAAUUACCUUUGACAAAUGUAAAAACUUCUUUGUGUGUCAAGUAUGUGGUUUUCGGAGUAGACUUCAUACAAAUGUUAACAGGCAUGUUGCUAUUGAACAUACUAAAAUUUUUCCUCAUGUUUGUGAUGACUGUGGGAAAGGCUUUUCAAGUAUGCUAGAAUAUUGCAAACAUUUAAAUUCACAUUUAUCUGAAGGGAUUUAUUUAUGUCAAUACUGUGAAUAUUCAACAGGACAAAUUGAAGAUCUUAAAAUUCAUCUAGAUUUCAAGCAUUCAGCUGACUUACCUCAUAAAUGUAGUGACUGCUUGAUGAGGUUUGGAAAUGAAAGGGAAUUAAUAAGUCACCUUCCAGUCCACGAGACGACUUGAUUAUUUUCUUCACCUGCCAUAAUGUUAAUGUAAAAUAAUAAAUUUGACUUUUUUGGAGAUGUUAAAA